AUGCCGCAGCUUUUUAACUUGAGUGCCACUUUGAAUGCGUCUAGAUUGCUUUACAACCCCGCGUUAUGUCUUCCGCAUCUCACAGCGCUGUCUUUCGACCAGUUGACGAUACCGUUUCAGAUACCAGAUCGUCCCGAUGUCAGGAUCAAAGGAGUGGUCCUAGACAAGGACAACUGCUUUGCCAGAGACCACGACGAUAAAGUGUGGCCCAACUAUGAAGUACGUAAUAAAAAACAAACAGCGGCAAGACGCUGAUUCCUACGCCGUUGUGUUUUCAAUAGAAUGGUCGCCGCAUACUAACAAGUGGGUACUUUUCUUGCAGCAAGCGUGGAAAAAGUUAACAGACACCUACCCGGCCAGGAAUCUACUCAUUGUCAGCAAUUCAGCAGGAACCGACGAUGACGUUAACCAUGAGCAAGCCCAAGUUCUCGAAUCAAAGACGGGGGUCACGGUUUUGCGCCACAGUGUCAAGAAGCCCGGUUGCUUGGACGAAAUCAAGCGGUACUUUGCUGAUCUCGAUGUGAAACCCAACGAAAUCAUUGUUGUUGGCGACCGGUUGUUUACAGACAUGCUCAUGGCGAAUAUGAUGGGGAGCUGGGGAUGUUGGAUCAGCACCGGGGUGGAAUUGAGCAACAAGAUGUUCCCGAAACUAGAGCGGGAAUUGUACAAUCGAUUGGUUACUUCACGACCAGCGGCGCCCUGGGUUCCACCAACACCAACACCAGCACCUACACCUGCAAAUGCAGAAUAG